AUGGCCAACACAAGAAAGUUGACAGCAACUUCGCCAACAUGCGAGGAGCCGGGAGCAAGAAUACUCGAGACGCAAAGACUCAUCCUCCGUCGAUUCUAUCCGUCAGAUGCAGAAGUCAUGUCCCAAGCAGCUGACAACAAGUCCAUCUCCAAAAACCUGCGCGAUGGUUUCCCAUCCCCUUACACACUGGCCGAUGCAUUGUAUUUUAUCAACAACGUAGCCAAUAACUUUGACGGCGGUGGUCAACACUGUGGCAUCUUUGUCAAGGCCAACGCAACAGAGAACCCUUCGUCGGAACCGAUGUUUAUAGGCACUAUAGGCAUGAUGGCCAAGAACGACGUCUAUUUCCGCACGUGGGAGAUGGGCUACUGGUUGGCUGAGACAGCCUGGGGGAAAGGCUAUGCAACUGAAGCUGCCAAGGCACUCAUACGGUGGUGCUUCGAAACAUGGCCUGAGUUAAACAGGAUCGAGGCGUGUGCCAAUGGGGGCAAUAAAGCAAGCCAGAAUGUACUAAGGAAGUCUGGACUCGUCGAAGAAGGCACCAGGAGAGGUGCUGUUUGCAAGAAUGGGGAAAUGCUAGACGAGGUUCUGUUUGGUCUGUUGAGGAGCGAACUACAUAUAGCUGAAUAG